AUUUGCUAAUAGUUAUGUUAUAACGGCAACGCUGUACAAAACGUGGAGUGUUAUUCGCGCUUUAUUUUCGGGAUUGAUCAUUCUUGAAUAUAAGUUUAAGUGAUCUGUAUAUAACAUAGGUAGAAUUCUCGAUAUCUUCAUUGAUUUCUACGCAAUAACUCGGCUGAAGUUUGAAACGCUAUAAAAUGUAUAAUGGUAUCGGCCUACAAACACCUCGUGGAUCUGGAACCAAUGGACAUGUUCAAAGAAACUGGGCUAUUGUACGCAAAACGAAGGACAAAGUUAAUUACAAAACUGAUGAAGGAAAGAUAGAGCAAAUAAAUAAACAACCUAAUAAAGAGAUUCUCGAUCAUGUCAGAAAAAGAAAAGUUGAAGUUAGAUGCGCAGAAUUUGCAGACCUUUUGGAGGAACAAGGAUUCACGAAUGAAGAAGUAACAAAGAGAGUUGAAUCUUACCGUUUGAUGUUAAUGGGAACAGAGAUGAAGACAAAUACGCCACGUGACGAAUUUGGCCGUAUAAACGUUCGAGAAACGCAUCAGAUAGCUGAGGCACAACAAGAAAAAAACGCUAAAUUACGGGAAGCCUUUGGAAUAUCAGAAUACUUCGUGGAAGGAAGUAGCCUAGAUCCAGAAAGACGAGCACGAGAAGCCGAAGCAAGAGCCGCGGCGAACAAGGUUUACGAAUUAGUUCGUACUCCUAGCCCUGCUCCGGAUACUACCUCUGCUCCAGAAAAGAAGAAUAAAAGAAAAGGUUCUGGUAGCACAUCCAAGAAGAAAAAAGGAAAGAAGCAUAAAAAAGAAAGGUCAGAAUCUCCAAGAACGUCUAAGAAGAAAGAAAAAUCUAAGAAAAAGAAAAAAGAGAAAAAACACAAAAAGGUAGAGGCCAGUUCUUCUGACAGUGAUUCCAGCGAUGAUACCGAAGAAAGCUGUUCGUCCGAAGCUGAAUCAAAAAAGAAGAAAAAGAAGAAAAAGAAGAAAAAUAAAGCUGAAGGAAAAGAAAAAUCCGAGAAGAAAAAAGCAGCGCUAAAGAGGAAACAUCAGUCAACGGAUAGCUCUACAGACAAUUCGCCAGAGAGGCCAAAGAAAAGUGCAAAACAUGAUAAAGUCGUUAUAGAGAAGAAUGCCGCAAUCGAUGAAAGUGAAAAUAUUACGAAAGAAUAUAAAGCAAAUAGGUCUCCAAAAAAACCUGUGGAAAGAUCGUCUCGCAAUGAAACACCGCCAAUAAAGAAAAGGGAAUCAUCUGCAAAGAAAACUAUUAAUGCGGAUAAAAAAGACAAGUCACCACCAAUAAUACAUAAAACUCCACCACCUAGACGUCAUAGAUCUCCGUCUAGAGGAAGAACGGAUAGAGGAAGAUCUCCGAGAAGAUAUUCGAGAUCACGACGCGUUACGUCAUCACCAAGAAGAAGGAGAAUUUCAAGAUCACCACGACGUCACAGUAACAGAUUUUCUAUAUCAAGAAGUAGAAGUCGUUCAAGAUAUGAUCGUUAUGGAUCAAGACGUAGACUAUCUCCAAUACAUAGACGUAGGAGAUCAGAUUCUCGUAAAAGAUCUAGAUCUCCAAGAAGACCAAAGGAAAGAAGAGAUAAAUCACAGGAACGUCGUAGAAGCCGUACUAGAUCAAAAAGUAGAUCUAGACGAUCGUCUUUGAGUUAUUCACCGGUGCAUAGACAUCCAGAACGUUAUAAGGAUAUAUUAGAAGAUAAGAAAAAGCGUGAACAACAAAAGAGAGACCGUGAUAAUAGACCAAAAUCUCGAUCAAUAUCAAAAAGUAGAAAAAUACAGCAAAUGAUUACUCCUCGAGUAAGUUUGAGAUCUUCUAGCGAAGAUGAAGGUGAUAUAGUGGACGAUGAACCUAAACAAGAGGAUGAAGAAAAGAUUAAAGAAUUAAACACAUUGAAACGCUUACAAUGUGGAUUAGCUGCUAAGGCUAGAGAAACAUUAGGGAAAAAAGUGAUAAGUCCUGUUAAAGUUAAAUUGGAAAAGAAAGAAGAAUCCAUUUUCGACAUAGCAUUGCCCGUGGAACCACCAAAACAAAUUGAAGAUCCAACUAAUUCUUCUUCUUCUUCUUCUUCUUCCAAAGAAAAAUUAAUCUCACCUGUACACCUGCUUCCUGUCGUACAAUCACCGGUUUCGAGUCGAUCACCUUCACCAGCAUUACCAUUGACUCGUGAAGAAGCUGCAAUUAAAAUUAGAUCACCAAGUGAAUCACCACCGCCCUUAGUGCAAACACCAUUGGAUAAAACUACUCCUAAGUCACCAAUUAUUUCAACAACAAUUGCAACAAUAUCAAUAACACCAACGACGACAACAAUAAAACAAUUUUCUUCAGGCUCUAGUAAUACCAAGAAAAGUUCUCCAAUAAUUCUCCAAAGACCUUCUCCAAAAAGUAAUUCUUUGACGCACUCGCCAUCUACCAUGAUUUCUCACAAAGAUAUUAUGAUAAAGUUAAGAUCUCCAAGCGAAUCACCACCAUCCUUACCAAGCGACACCAUUCACAAAUCCGAUACAAGAUCUAGAUCUCCAAGUUCAUCAAAGAGAAAUUCUCCAAUAGCUAGAAAACAUUCUUUGAGAGAUAAAUCAUAUUCCAGAUCUCGAUCGAGGUCAUAUACAAGGUCGUUAUCUUUGGAGAAGAGGUCUUCCACAUCACCAAGACACCAUUCAAGAUCUUUAUCAAGAAAUAGAUCGCAUUCGCGUGCUCGUAGUAAAAAAUCAAUAUCACCAAAGCACAGACCAUCGAGAUCCGUUUCUAGAUCAAAGAAAUCACCUAAUUCUCUUCAAGCACAUUCAAAAAGAAUUUCAAGAUCAAGAUCUUCCUCUAGAUCAAAACACUCUCCAUCUAGAUCCCCUUCUAGAUCUAAAAAAUCACCUUCUCAGUCACCUGAAAAGUCAAGAUCUAGAAGUAGAAGCAUAUCAUUGUCAAAAAGAUCCAGAAGCUGUUCUUUAUCCAAAAAAUCAAGAAGUAGAUCAUUAUCUAAAGGAUCCAGAAGUUGUUCGAUAACAAAAAAAUCAAGGAGUCGUUCAUUGUCGAAAAAAUCAAGGAGUCGAUCCGCAUCUAAGAAAUGCAGAAGUCGUUCGUUAUCGAAAAAAUCAAGAAGCCGAUCUAGAUCAGCAUCUAGAAUGUCAAGAGAGAAAAAAAAACGAAGUAGAAGUAGAAGUACAUCGCGUUCUUCUGUCAGUUCGACAAGGCAUAGUCGUCGAAGUUUCUCAAGUUCUACACGAUCAAGCAGCAGUGCAUCAAGCAGAUCUUCGCGCUCAACUUCCAGCAGUUCAGGUUCUAGUAGAUCCCGUUCACCGUCUAUACCACGUCGUCACGGUUCACCUAGUUUUCUUGAUAGACGUCGGAUUACAAGUGCCAGGAAACGACCGAUUCCAUAUCAUCGACCAACUCCAACGCCGCCUUCAUCACCAAGUAGUUCAGAGAGCAGUAGACGCAGUAAAUGGUCGAGUCCAAGUCGUCGAUCAAGCUGCUCUCCGAAGAGUCGAAGUCCAUCUUACACGCGUUGAAACGUAUUAAUCGAAUUGUCCUUAAAAAGAACACAUAAUAUUCCUUUCCUAUUGUAUCAAAUUUGGAAUAAGCUCAUUUGUUUGAUUAUAUAAUAGCACACACACAUACACACACACACCACAACAACAAAGAGAUUGUCCAUAAUUUGUUAUAUAUUAUUCUAUUCCAAAUUUGAUAGACAUAGUUUGAAAUCUUUUUAAAUUCAUUAUGAAACACACAAAUUUGCUCUCUCCCUUUAAUCUCUUUCUAACUUGGUAAUACUCAAUAAUGGUUGCUCUCAUCUCAUAAUAUUAUUGAUUGAAAUAUAUUAGUAUUUUACCCCUUCCGGAUAAUUGAUCCUUUUUUUUUUUCAAAAAUAAAAAGUAAUACUAAGAUUAUUAUAGAUCAUAUUUGUAGUCGAUACGAUGCAUGCAGUUUGGCAGAACAAUACUAUAAACCACUUUGUAUAGUAAAGUAAAGCUAAGUUAAUAUAAUAUAUUUAUUUUAUUAUAAUUUAUUCGC